CGAUCAAGUUCAAGCCUUCUCCUCUCCUCGUAUAUAACUUAUAUUUUUUUCUGUUGAUCGUAAAGAAACCCGAAAAACUGUGUGUGUUUACGAAAAAAGAAAAAUAAAACCCAAUAAGAAAGAAAUAGAGAGAAAUCACAACCAUGUCAUCGAGUGUGCUGACCACGACCAACCACGAUCUGUUUCCCACGACCAUCAACACGGCCACGAAGAUCUUUCGCUACCAACACAUAAUGCCGGCGCCCAGUCCAUCGAGUCCCGGCAAUCAGAACCAGCCACAUCCUGCGGCUCCUGCCACAGCCACUGCCACCGCGAUGCCGAUCAAGACCCGCAAGUACACGCCCAGGGGCAUGGCUCUGGCCAGGUCCUCCUCCGAGUCGGUGUCAUCGCUGUCGAAUGGCUCCCUGUCGCCGGCUCCCUACAACGUGGACCAGUCGCAGUCCGUCCAGAGACGCAAUGCCCGGGAGCGGAAUCGUGUGAAACAGGUGAACAACAGCUUCGCCCGACUGCGACAGCACAUCCCGCAGUCCAUCAUCUCGGAUCUGACCAAGGGCGGUGGUCGAGGACCGCACAAAAAGAUCUCCAAGGUGGACACACUGCGCAUUGCCGUCGAGUAUAUUCGCAGACUGCAGGACUUGGUGGAUGAUCUGAAUGGGGGCAGUGGCAGUGGCAGCAGCUCCUCGGCCAGCAAUGCGGUUAGCCAACUGCAGCUCUUCCUGGACGAGUCGAGCAGCCACAGUUCCAGCAGCAGCACCUGCAGUUCCUCGAACCACAACAACAGCACCUACUAUCAGAACGCCAAUCCUCUCCAGCAACAGCAGCAAUUGCAGCGGCAGCAGUUCAACCACCAACCGCUGACAGCCAUCUCGCUGAAUAGCAAUCUGGUGGCCACAUCCUUGCCGGGAAAUGGCAGUGGAAAUGGAAACGAGAACGGAGGAAGUCAGCAACAAACCUGCCACUCGCCCACCUCCUCCUUCAACUCCAGCAUGUCCUUCGAUUCGGGCACCUAUGAGGCGGCUCCCCAGCAACUGUCCAACCGCUUGGAUCACCUCGACCAUCUCGACGGCGAAGGACACACGCACUCGCAGCUCCAGCUAAAAUUCGAACCCUACGAACACUUUCAAUUGGACGAGGAGGACUGCACGCCCGACGAGGAGGAUCUCCUCCUGGACUACAUCUCUCAGUGGCAGGAGCAGUGAAGCAAUCCCGAGGAUCCUCGGGACCAAUCCCCCACCACAUCCUGUUCUCUUCUAGUCAAUGUUGAGUUGAACCAAGUGCCUCAAUUUGUAAAUAACACACUCAUGCGAAAAUCACACACACACACACAUUUUUUUUCCUAUUAUAAGUUAAUUUUUUUGUAUAAGUUAAGA